AUGUGUCUGCGCGUGUUCUGCGGCUAUUUGUCGCUCUACAUCGGCUGCAUCUUCAUCGGCUUCACUGGGAUGAUCCUGGCCGUGGUAAUCUUCUCUGUGGGUCUGUUCGAGCUGAUCACGGGAAACUCCAAUGUAAUGCUCAUGGUUCUAGCGAUGGUCUUCGCCCUUAUCUACGCCCUGGCCAAAGUAUUUCUGCUCUUUGGCACCAUGUGGGAUAUGUGCUGGGCCAUUCUCUUGUCCUUCGUCAUCGGUCUGGUGGGCGUGGCGUUGCUUGUUGCAUUGGCUGUGUUUUUUUACUUCCACCUACCGGCUCCUCUGCACCUCCUGCUAGGCGUUAUCUUGUGCAUAAUCGAGCUGUACUACGAGUGGAUCAUCAUUUCCACCUGGUGGUGCUGUCGAUCAUGCACCCACGACUGUUAGGAGUUGCUGGUAGCUGGUUAC